ACGCCGACACCGCGCCGGAACCGUGUCAAAUUCACCAUGAGGGCCGCUGCGAGACUUCUUGCGAACGUCCGCUCAAACCGCAAAUUCCUCGAGGCUGGCGCCCCCACUGGCCUUACAGGCCUCAAAACCCACCCUUCGCCGCGCUCAGCUCUGCUAUUCGCCUACAAUGCUACUCUCGACAAGCUAAAGCAGAUUCCCGAAUCCUCCGUGUAUCGCCAGUCCACAGAAGCCCUCACCCGCCACCGGCUCAAGGUCAUUGAGGAGUCCAAGCCCGAUGGUUGGGACGAUUGGUUGAAUAGGGUCUCGUUGCAAGCUGCGGAUGACCCCGGUGCUUUCAAUGUUGUAAAGACUGCUUCAGGCUCGCUGAUUGUUGGGCCAAGCAUCGUGAAGUUGGAUCCCAGGGAGAAGAAGGCAUCGUGGGAUGGAGAAAAGAUGCCGGCUUUUCCUGAAGGUGUUCGCACCAUGAAGGAGCGAAGACCCUGGAUUAAAGCUAUGAAGGGAGAUGCCAACUAUUCCCCUGAAAGAGUUGUAGCACCAGUGAAGAUGGAGCUAGAACCGCAGUUUACUGAGGAAGCGAUAUCGGAAAUCGAGAACAAAAUCGGUGCUGGACUGAUUGAGGAGGUUAUUGCGGUCGCUGAACACGAGCUUCAACUUGUGGAUGAGAUGGUCAAGUCCAAGGUAUGGGAACCACUAGAGGAGCAGGCUCCCGAAGGCCAAUGGUCGUACCAUGAAAGAGCAACUCAUACCCCAACGACGCAGAAGCCUUAG